ACGUCGUUUACUUCUUUCUUGUGACAACCAUUAUCAGCUCUAACAUGUCUCUAAUGUAUGGGAAAGAAAAGGACGCGGAACAUGAAUUGACAUCUGACCCUGGUUUCGUUGCUUUCUUUUCUAAACUCCCGAAGAAAUCUCCUGAAACUGGAACGGUCCGCCUCUUCGAUCGCACAGACUACUACUCUGUACACGGGCAAGAUGCUCACUACGUCGCAACGCACGUCUUUCGUACCAACUCCGUCCUCAAGUACCUAGGUGCUGGAGGCAAGGCUGGUGGUCUUCCGAGCGUCACGCUCAGCCAUACCCUGGCUCACUCUUUUUUGCGGGAUGCCCUCACAUCUAAACAGCUGCGCGUCGAGAUUUGGGUGCCCGCACCAGGCCAGGGAAGGAAAGCUUCCAAAUUUGUGUUGGAGAAAGAAGCAUCUCCUGGAAAUCUGCAAGCCGUUGAAGAUCUUCUCUUUGUCAGCUGCGACGUUACCUCGGCACCAAUCGUUUUGGCUGUCAAAAUGUCGUCAUCUUCAGGGACAAGCAAAGCUAAGACCAGGGCAGUUGGCAUUGCAUUCGCGGACACCAGUGUGAGGGAGUUCGGAGUUGCCGAUUUCGUCGACAAUGAUCUAUUCUCGAACCUUGAGUCUCUUGUGAUACAACUUUCAGUCAAAGAAGCCAUUAUUCCCACCGGAACAGUAUCUGGAACAACGGACCGUGACCUUGAUUUGAGCAAGCUAAAAGCCGUGUUCGAGAGGUGUGGCGUUGUUGUGACCGAACGUAAACCAAGCGAGUUCACUGCGAAAAAUGUGGCAGAUGACGUCCAAAAACUAACGGUUGAUCCUGAAACAAAUUCAGAUUUUGCUCCGAUUCCUGAGCUCUCUCUUCCUUCAGCCCCGUCUGCUCUUUCUGCCUUAAUCAGUUAUCUUUCUCUUCUUUCUGAUCCUUCCAAUCAUGGGGCAUACAAGUUACGAACACACGAUUUGGCACGAUAUAUGCGCUUGGAUGCUAGUGCAUUGCGUGCGCUGAAUCUGAUUGAUGCCCCUGGGAGUGCUGGAAGUAUCAAUAAGAACGCAACUCUCCUUGGUCUGCUGAAUAAAUGCAAAACUUCUCAAGGAACUAGGCUUCUUGGAACUUGGCUUAAGCAACCCUUGAUAAAUCUACACGAAAUACGUAAACGGCAAGACCUCGUGGAAACAUUUGUGGAUGACGCAUCUUCUCGGAGAACCCUGCAGGAUGACUACUUGAAGCUGAUGCCUGACCUCCAUCGGCUAAGCAAGCGAUUCAAGAAAUCUAUCGCAUCACUUGAAGAUGUUGUUCGGGCCUAUCAAGUGGUCCUCAAGCUGCCUGGUUUGCUUGCGGCUCUCGAAGGUGUCCAGUACGAACAUGAGGAGCACAAGGAGCUUAUCGAUGAAAUUUAUAUCAAGCCAUUCGAGACUGUCAAUAAUAACCUCGUUAAAUAUGGGGAGAUGGUCGAGUCAACGCUAGAUCUCGAAGAACUCGAAAAUCACAAUUAUGCCAUCAAACCUGACUAUGAUGAGCGUCUGCAGGCUCUGGCAGAUAAACUUGUGGAGAUCCGAGAUGGUCUUGAUGCCGAACAUCGUGCAACCGGCAAGGAUCUUGAUCUCGAUCUUGACAAGAAACUGCACCUUGAAAACUCUCAGAAUUACGGGUACUGCUUCAGGUUGACGAAAAAUGACGCAAAAGCCAUUGUCCGGAAUAAUAAGUAUAUUGAACUCGGGACUGUCAAGAGCGGAGUCUACUUCACAACCAAGAAACUGAAAGUGCAUUCCACGGACCAUCAAGAGACUACGCAUGAGUAUCAGCGGACGCAGAGCGGGCUGGUGAAGGAAGUUGUCAGUAUUGCAUCAACAUAUACGCCCGUACUAGAGAAUCUUGACCACAUCAUUGCGCACCUAGAUGUGAUCCUCAGUUUCGCUCAUGUUUCCGUAAACGCUCCUGAACCAUACAUGAAACCAAAAGUUCUGGAGAAAGGUACCAGCGGCUUGAUAUUACGCGAUGCACGGCACCCUUGCCUCGAAGUUCAGGAUGACAUCAGUUUCAUUCCCAACGAUGUGGAGAUGGUGAAAGGAGAGGGCGAAUUCCAAAUCAUCACUGGUCCAAACAUGGGCGGAAAGAGCACGUAUAUUCGUCAGGUUGGAGUCAUUGCCCUCAUGGCACAGACCGGGUGUUUCGUUCCUUGCUCGGAGGCAACCCUGCCGAUUUUCGAUUCCGUGCUUUGUCGAGUGGGUGCAGGUGACAGCCAAUUGAAGGGCGUCUCGACUUUCAUGGCUGAGAUGCUUGAGACUGCGUCGAUCCUCCGAUCUGCUACGCAAGAUUCUCUCAUUAUCAUUGACGAGCUCGGCCGUGGAACGUCAACGUACGACGGGUUCGGCCUUGCAUGGUCCAUAUCCGAGCAUAUCGCAUCCCACAUCCGCGCUUUCUGCUUGUUUGCUACUCACUUUCACGAGUUGACUGCCCUUGACCAGCAGCUUUCUCACGUGAAAAAUCUCCAUGUUGUAGCUCAUGUGAACCAAGAAGAUGCGUCUGCGCCGCGCGAAAGGGAUAUCACACUCUUGUACAAGGUCGAACCAGGCGUCUCAGACCAAAGCUUCGGUAUCCACGUUGCGCAACUGGCCAACUUCCCUGAAAAUGUGGUCAAACUUGCAAAACGGAAAGCUGACGAACUAGAAGAUUUUGCAACUGAGCAACAGGCAGAACCCGAGCAUUCGGAUGAAGUCACCGAGGAGGGCAUCCAAGUCAUCGAAGAUUUACUGAAAAAGUGGGCCUCCGAGUCUUCAGCUGACGAUGAAGACGCCAUGAUGGACGAUGUGUCGCAUGAGGCUCAGCUUGCUAAUUUGCGGCAAUGUGUCGAAGAGUUCAGACCACGCAUUGAACAAAAUGCAUGGGUACAAUCUCUACUCACGGCUUUCUGAUUUCUCGCCGUUUUCUACUCCUUGCUAUUAUCGCUAUUAUUGCUGUCUACUGCCGUGCACAAUCAUACUGCUCUGGA